UUUGAAGGGUGUGGUUAUUUGGGGGUGUUGAUACAGUCUCUUUUCUCUCUCUCCCUCUGUUUUGUCUUGAGUUGUUUAUUCCUCCCUCCUUUUCUGGUCCCUCUUGUCUCCAUUUUUCUAUUGUCCCGUAUUUCAAAGAAAAGUCGCCCAUAAGUCUUAUAGGCCAGUCGUCCAUACCGAUUUUAGGCUAUAAAAGUUCAAGCAAAGAUCCUCUACCACCAGUUAAAGCAUAAUGAGUAGUGAGAAAGCUGUUCUGAGCGUGCAAGCACACGUAUUUCAAAUUGAUCCGGAAACAAAAAAGAAAUGGCUGCCUUCAUCAAGUUCUGCUGUCCGUGUGACGUACUAUCAUGAUACCAACAGAAAGACUUACCGAAUCAUUGCUCUUGAAGGAAAGAAGCCACUCGUCAAUAGCACUGUCACUGCUAAUAUGAGUUUCAAUAAAACGUCUCCAAAGUUUGGCCAGUGGUCAGACCACCGUGCUAAUACCAUAUAUGGUCUGGGGUUUGGUACAGAGAAAGAUUUACUUAUGUUUUCCGACAAAUUUAUGGAAGCAAAAACGGCAGCGAAGGCUCUCCUCGAGGAAAGGAAGAAGCAGAAACAGCAGCAGCAACAAGAAACAACGUCUCAGCAGGAUUCUAGCAGCAUGGAUAAUUCCACUCUGCAAGACACAUCUAUCACCAACAGCAAACUAGUUGAUAGCAGAUCAGAUUCAAUCGAUAUCCCAUCUGAUCAAAAUGGCGGAGGUACCCCUCCUCUUUCUUCACCCAUCACAUCUCCCACUCUCUCAACUACUCAAGCAUCUCUCACUACAGCACCAGAGACAUUAGCUCCCAGCUCUAGUCUCAAUGGAAAUAAUGAUAAGGAUAAUGAUGAUGUUGUUGUUAAUGAUUCUGUCACUCGCUCUUCUUCGUCAAAGCAAGUCUCAUCGGAUGCUCAAGUUGAGUCUUUGAAAUUUGAAAAUAGUAAAUUAAAAGUUGCUCUGGCUAGCAGUGCCCAGAAUGUGAAGAAGUGGGAGAGUGAGAUGCAGACGUUAAGGAACAGCAAUACAAUGUUAAAGACAGCUCUUGAGGAGAGCGCACAGCAUGUGACCGAGUGGAAGAAACAGCUGCAGAAAUAUAAAGAUGAAUGUGACCAACUGAAAAAGAAGAUUGUAAAGCAAGAAGAUAAUUCACGCGAGAUUGAAUCAGUGACAAAGGAAAAUGAAGAAUUAAAAGAAGUUCUCUCAGCAGUACAAACUGACCUGCAAGACAAGCGAACCGAAGUCACAACAUUGCAGGCAUCUUUAAAGGCAUCGCAGGAUAAACUACAAGAAGCAACAGCUACUAAUGCCAUUCUGGAGUCACAGCUAUCAGAUAUUAAAUUAGAAUUAAAUAAUUUAAAGUCGUCACAUCAGUCUUCGUUAUCCCUUGCUAAAGAGAAGCAUGUUAAACUUGGACAGCAGAUCCAACUAAUACUCGCGACACAUAAAGACUUGGGCAAUGCCCUCAAAUAGACACUUCACCAUAGCAACACCAUUACCUUGACAACCUUCAUAGAACAUUAUUAAUUAAUUUCUCCUAUUGUUAUUAUUGUUGUUGUUGUUUUGUGAUUGUUGAGUUGUUGUUCUUAUUGUUGUUGUCUCUGUCACAUUAUUUAUUAUUAUAUAUAUCA